CAGUUUGUUUAGUGUACCAGGUACCUCAGUUACCCUCAGUCAACCAACUGUUUCGUUUGUAAAUGACAUAGAAAACAGAACAGAAAUGAAUUUGGGUUACCUUGUUUUUGGUCUUAUUCUGUUUGCUUCAGCUGCAGGCAAAGAAAAAAGGCGCUGCGGUCUGCCACCGGCUGCUGAGUCUGCAGAUGUCAUCGAUUUUGUGAAAGACCAGUAUGAGGAUGGGGAAAGAGUGACAUAUAAAUGCAAGACGUACUACAAAAUCUCUGGAAAUCCCUACAUGACCUGCAGUGAUGGCCAAUGGACAGGAACAAUAAGAUGCAUGAAGCCCUGUACAGUCACAACUGAGGAAAUGGAUCAGAAUAACAUACACCUGGCCCAUGGUCGCCACAGAAAAAUGUACUCAGAACAUUUGGAUUUUAUCUCCUUCAAAUGCAAUUGGUGGAAAUCUCUGCAGGCAGGCAGUCCUGGCCUCCGACAGCAGUGUAUGGACGGCAUUAUGACUUUGCCUCGUUGUGCCUAAUUUUGGUCUUUCUUACACUGAUUUAGUCGAGUGUUUCUAAAUAAACUUGGUGAAGAAUCUAAACCUUACUCAAAAUGAUAGGAUUGUAUUUUUGCUCCAUGUAGAAAUAAAAGAUUACUUUACAAUCA